AUGGCUGAUAUUUCACCUGUAAAACGGAAUCGUCCUGGAAAGGUAGAUAGAAAUAAAUUGACCGCAAAUGGCACUCAAAAAGUGCCGACCGCAUCGGUGCCGACACCCACAAAAACAUGGGUAGACACAACAAUCGCUUCGCCCCGGGACGCAUUCCUUCGAGGAUUAACAACUGGACAAAAAGAACCAUCUGGGAAGGGCAAGCGAUUAAUUGUAUUACACAUCGGGUCGUCUGACGGUUUCGUUCCUGGAGGCCUACUAUCUUUUGAAUCGAAGAAAAACACGUUGGACUACCAUGACGAGAUGAACGGGGACACGUUUUACGAUUGGUUCAUAAAAAUCCUACCAUCACUAAAAGAAAACGCCGUAAUUGUUAUGGACAAUGCCUCAUACCAUUCAGUAAAAAAAAAUCCUUUUCCAACUAUGUCUUGGACAAAACAAAAAAUUUUAAAUUGGCUAGAAAGGGAAGGUGAGGUAAUUACUCAGACAAUGGUUAAAUCUCAACUUUUAGAAGUGGCCCAAAAAUAUAAAUCGUCGCACGAGAAGUAUGUGAUUGAUGAAGAAGCAAAAGAACAUGACAAAGUAGUCUUACGGUUGCCUCCUUACCACUGUGAACUAAAUCCUAUAGAACUAGCGUGGUCUUGGAUAAAAAACUAUGUACGUAUGAACAAUACCACAUUUAAAUUGAACGAUGUGCAUGAUUUAUUAAAAAAAGCCGUGGACAACGUAACAAGUGAAAUGUGGACAAAUUUUGUUGAUCAGUUAUAA